UAAAGAUUUAAAAAAUAUAUAUAUUUUUUUUUAAAUCUUACCGACCACAAACUUUUGGACAAUAUUGUAUAAUCACCACUGACAAAACAGUUUAAACUUAAAUAAAAUGUAAUAAGAUCCGUAAACUGUCAGUGGUGGUCAAAGUCAUUAGAUUAUCAGAAGCAGUUGUGAAAGACUAUUACAGUCUAGACUGACUAAUGAAUGUUCCCUCUUUCAUAUCCAGGAAUCUAAGUUGUUUUAAAAGAAGUGGAGAAGUCAACAAUAUACAAAGAGCUGAAAAAGUGAAGUAUAUCACUUUUAAUUCUGCAUUUGAAGUUCAAUUCAUAUGUUGAUAUAAUAUUUCAGUCCAAAAGCAGUUUCCUAAAAGUUCAGGAAAUAUGUGUAUAUUUUAUUUUGCACAAAACUAAGACAAUACAAAUAUGCUAAAACAAACGGAGAGAAAAUGAAACUUGUGAAAUGGUUAUUACACCCCUAAGAUCCCCUUACGCAUCUCCCAUUUGACCACAUGUAAAGCCACUGCAUAAAUAAAACCUGAUUUCAUGUCAACAGUUGCUGUCUCUAUAAAAACAGGAACCUUUAAAAAAAGCAGAUUGCUGACUAGCACCUUGACCCUGUUUCUCAAAUCCCGUUCCCAGCCUUUGGCAUUGAGGCUGUCCUUGGCAGAUAGUAGGGCUUAAAAACACACCACCCUCCCAGUCUGCUCCACCAUCUCCGAGGACUCAUCACGUCACUGUGGUUUCCAGUACCUCUCUCUAGGAUUUCAUCAGAGUGGCAUAACACAAAGUGUUACCCAGAAGUGAAGAGGUGCUGGCGCUGUUGGCAGUUGCCAUGGCUCUGUCUGGAGAAGUGUGUGUGGUGACAGGAGCCUGCGGGUUUCUGGGAGGAAAGCUGAUCAGAUUGCUGCUGGAAGAGGAGAAGCUUGCAGAGAUCCGACUGCUGGAUAGAAACAUCCAGUCUGAGCUAAUACAGUCUCUUGAUGAUUGCAGGGGCGAGACUAAAGUGAGUGUUUUUGAGGGGGAUAUCAGGGACUGUGAGCUGCUGAGAAGAGCCUGUAAAGGAGCAGCACUUGUUUUCCACACUGCGUCUCUUAUCGAUGUCAUUGGAGCAGUUGAAGACAGUGAAUUAUAUGGAGUUAAUGUUAAAGGAACACAGCUGCUGCUCGAGACCUGCAUCCAAGAAAACGUAGCCUCCUUCAUUUAUACUAGCAGCAUUGAGGUGGCUGGUCCCAAUCCCCGUGGUGAUCCAAUCAUUAACGGCAAUGAGGACACCCCCUACUCCUCCUGUCUUAAGUUUAGCUACAGCAAAACCAAGCAGGAGGCUGAACAGAUUUGCCUUCAGGCCAAUGGAGAGCUGCUCCGCAAUGGAGGUCAGCUGGCUACUUGUGCAUUGAGGCCCAUGUACAUCUAUGGACCAGGCUGUCGAUUUACUUUAGGCCACAUGAGGGAUGGAAUCCGCAAUGGAAACGUGCUGCUGAGAACAUCACGACGUGAGGCAAAAGUGAAUCCUGUCUACGUGGGAAAUGCAGCCCUGGCACAUCUACAAGCAGGUCGGGCCCUCAAAGAUUCUCAGAAAAGGGCCGUGAUGGGUGGAAACUUCUAUUACGUCUCAGACGACACACCACCUGUCAGCUAUGCAGACUUUAACUAUGCUGUUCUUUCACCAUUAGGCUUUGGGAUACAAGAGAGGCCCACUUUGCCCUUUCCACUUCUAUAUCUUCUGUCAUUCCUCAUGGAAUUACUGCACGUUGUGCUCCGACCCAUCCUGAGGUUCACUCCACCCCUAAAUAGGCAGUUACUGACCAUGUUAAACACACCAUUUAGUUUCUCAUAUCAAAAAGCUCACAGGGAUUUCGGAUAUUGCCCUCGCUAUGACUGGGAAGAGGCACGCAAGCGCACUACUGAUUGGCUAGCGUCUGUCUUACCCACAGAGAGACAGCAAAUUAACUUGAAAUAAACUAACAUCAUGUUUAUGAAUACUGUGCUAACCUGUAUUUCUCAACAGACAUGUUCUGCUUAUUGGUUAGUAAUAUUCCUUCUAAUUCACAGUAGUAGAAAACAGUUGUCUAGUGUCUUGGAUAAUGCAUGUAUUACAUAAUAAAAAAACCUGGAAAUGACUGUAUAUUAUGUUUAAACUUGUCUGAUAAAUAGAAAUAAAUAUCCACAUAAAGAAAAAA